AAACGAAUGUAACUCAGAUCCAUGCCAGAAUGGGGGUACUUGCCUCGAUGGUGACGAUGCAUACCUUUGCUCUUGCGUAGCGGGAUAUACUGGCACCAAUUGUGAAACAAGCCAUGAAAUAAAUAUAUGUCAUUGUGACACCGACAGUAGAGGGACUGACUGGAGUGACACUCCUGCAAAUGUCAAUCAGACAAGCACUUGUAACGAAAGCUUUUCAGUUUUAGGACAGAUAUAUAGGACAUGUGGUCCUGGCGGACAGUGGCAAUUACCGGUAUACGAUUGUGUGCGCGAAGCUGUACAAAAUAUUGAAAUGUCAGUUGAAGCAUUGGACCUAAAUUCAUCAUCCGAAGAUAUUGUCACUGCUAUAAAUGAUAUAGCUAGUGUCACAUCCCAAACCGGAAUUGCGAACGCUAGUGACAAGAUAACGAACGGCGAACUGGCGAUUUUGACGUCAUCUUUGAAAAAGAUAGCCACCCUACUUCCGUCUCAGUUAGUUUCAAAUGACACUGUCACUGAUAGAUUCAUUGGUUGUGUAGACAACCUUAUCGAUGAUACUAACAUUGAUACUUGGAAAUCAGAAACGGAUAGUACAAGUGCAGAGCAGAUACUUUCCGCUAUCGACAGUAUUGCAGAGGCACUGACCGUUACAGCAGAACAAGACGAAAAACGUUUAAUUACCAAAAAGAAUAUUGCAAUUCAAGCCCAGCUACUUUCAGACGGUGUGAUGGUUUUUCCUGACUCUGUUGAAAGUUUUGAUCAAGAUUGGAUUAAUCAAACAAAAAGCAGUAUUCGAAUACAGUCACAGUCUUCUUCAAAUUCAACAGAGGCAUAUGUGGCGACAGCAGUGAUAUAUAGAAACAUGUCUGGUAUCCUUCCAAACACGUAUUCCGUUACAGGUGAAACCAUAUCAGAGAGAAAAGACACAGAAAAGAAAGUUAAAAUAAAUGGACCUGUUCUAGCCAUGACAAUACCGUCUCACCUAUCAAGAAGCUUGGAUUCUCCGAUAACAAUAACAUUUGAGCAUUACAAUAAUAACCUGACAGCGCCAAUAUGCGUUUUCUGGCAGUAUAAAAGUGAUUCUCAAGGAUUCUGGUCAGAUGACGGGUGCAGGAACAAGUCGACUAAUACCAGUAGUACAGUUUGUGAAUGUGAUCAUCUAACUAAUUUUGCAGUGUUGAUGAGUCCAUUUCAACCGGUUGAUGAGGUUGGUUCUUCAUCCGAAACAAUGGUUCUUCACAUCGUCUCAAUUGUUGGUAUAUCAACAUCUAUACUGUGUUUGAUUGCGACUUUUGUCAUACAUUUUGCUCUGUGGAAGCAUUUGAAAAGCGAGCGGACAACGCUGUUGAUUCAUUUAUGCGUCGCUUUGUUUGUGGCUUACAUUGUAUUUCUGGCUGGAAUCAAUCGAACAGAGAACAAAGCAGCAUGUACAGCCAUUGCUGCAUUUCUGCACUACAUAUACCUGGUCGUAUUUUGUAUAAUGUUGGCAGAAGGCAUCCAGAUAGCUAUGAUCGUACUUUAUGUCUUUAAAACAAAAUCAAAACUCAAGUUGUUACUUUCUAUUGCAUGGGGUGUACCGGCAGUUAUUGUUGGGAUAUCAGUUUUGGUAACGAGGUUAAACGGAUACGGGAACGAGAAAUUGCAAGUCUUAUUUAAAAUUUUAACGUUCUUUGAGCUUAUCUUACAAGUUGAAAAGAUUAAUGAUUUAUAUAUUUUGUCACCACUCAAAACAGUUCAUAUUGUAAUAUAUUUUUAUGAUCAAAAGUGAUUUUGCUGUACUCUUUAAAAUU